AGGCAUCGCGAUAACUGCGCGGCGCCCGCCCAGGGCUCCUUCCUUUCCAGGGCGCCGGCGGACAAGAUGGCGGAAGUGGAGCAGAAGAAGAAGCGCACGUUCCGCAAGUUCACCUACCGCGGCGUGGACCUCGACCAGCUGCUCGACAUGUCCUACGAGCAGCUGAUGCAGCUGUACAGCGCGCGGCAGCGGCGGCGGCUGAACCGGGGGCUGCGGCGGAAGCAGCACUCGCUGCUCAAGCGCCUGCGCAAGGCCAAGAAGGAGGCACCGCCCAUGGAGAAGCCCGAGGUGGUGAAGACGCACCUGCGGGACAUGAUCAUCCUGCCGGAGAUGGUGGGCAGCAUGGUGGGCGUGUACAACGGCAAGAGCUUCAACCAGGUGGAGAUCAAGCCUGAGAUGAUCGGCCACUACCUGGGCGAGUUCUCCAUCACCUACAAGCCCGUCAAGCACGGCCGGCCCGGCAUCGGCGCCACGCACUCCUCACGCUUCAUCCCGCUCAAGUAGCCGCAGCAGUAAAGCCUGAGUCCCCGCCA